AAGUGUUGACCGUGGUAAGUGCAAUGUCAGAGGUGACGCUAGGAAGCUUUCCCCUGGGUCCCGUGGGUGCAGGAGCAGCUGGGGAGCCCCUGUGUAUCUUUGGGACGGGGGACUUGGGGCGCUCCCUGGGUCAGCGCCUGCUCCAGACUGGAUACAGGGUGGUGUACGGCAGCCGCAGACCGGACAGCUGUGGGCCCGUACCACAGGGAGCUCAGGUGAUGAGCCAUACAGACGCAGCCAGUGCAGCCAACCUCGUCUUCUUAUGUGUGCACAGGGAUCACUACGACUUUCUGCAAAACAUGGCGCCAUAUCUGAAAGGAAAGGUGUUGGUGGACCUCAGUAACAACCUGAAGAAAAACAUAUACCCAGAAUCCAACGCUGAAUUUCUCCAGAGGCUGGUCCCCGGAGCGGCGGUGGUGAAAGGCCUGAACACGCUCUCUGCCUGGGCGCUGCAAAACGGACAGCUGCAAGGAAAACAGACGUUCAUAUGCGGGGACAGUGCCGAGGCGAAGCAGGCGGUGUUAGAGGUGUGCACCCGGCUGGGCCUUUUGGUGCUGGACAGGGGCGGUGUGGGUGCGUCCCGGGAGCUGGAGGACUUCCCGCUGCAGCUCUUCCCAAUGUGGAGGCUGCCUCUGAGCAUCGCCCUGGGCCUCAGCGCUGCCUUCUUCUUAUACCUGCUCAUCAGGGACGUCAUCUAUGGCUAUGUGGAGGACGGGAAAGACAUCUCAUUUAGGAUCAUGAUUGCUCUGCCAAAUAAGGUCUUCCCCAUUGUGUCACUGGUCAUGCUGUCCCUGUGUUAUCUGCCCGGGGUGAUUGCCGCUUUCAUCCAGCUCUACAGAGGGACUAAGUACAGGCGCUUCCCGGACUGGCUGGACUGCUGGAUGCUGUGCAGAAAGCAGAUUGGUCUAUUGGCUCUUGGUUUUGCCCUGAUCCAUGUCCUCUACCUAUUUAUUCUCCCCAUCCGCUACUCCGCCAGACACAAGUUCAUCUCCCAAGUGGUGGACGAGAUGAAGAAGAACAAGACGACCCCGUUUUACUUCGAUAAGACAAUUGCGUGGGGCACGGACUCUCUGAUGGGCCUGGGGGUCCUGGGCUUCUUCCUGUAUGUGCUUUUGGGCAUCAGCUCUCUGCCCUCAGUUGGAGCCACUCUGAGCUGGAGGGAGUUCAACUUCAUCCAGGUCAGGACUGCUCACAUCUGUGCAUCUGCAGACUUUAUCACAAAGGUCACAGGGGACACAGGAGUACAGCCUAACAGUUCUCACAAUCGCAAGUGUUUUUAUUUUACUGGAAGAAAACAUCGUAAUCUAGUGCCAUAA